AUGAGUGCCCAAAAAGCCCCAAAGUGGUAUCCAUCUGAAGACGCUGCUGUUGCCAAGAAGACCAGAAAGUCUGCUCGUCCACAAAAAUUGAGAGCUUCUCUAGUUCCAGGUACUGUCUUGAUCUUAUUAGCUGGUAGAUUCAGAGGUAAGAGAGUCGUCUACUUGAAGCACAUGGAUGACAACACUUUAUUGAUCUCUGGUCCAUUCAAGGUUAACGGUGUCCCAUUAAGAAGAGUCAAUGCUCGUUACGUCAUUGCCACUUCUACUAAGGUCUCUGUUGCUGGUGUUAACGUUGAAAAAUUCAACGCUCAAUACUUUGCUAAGGAAAAAUUAAACAAGAAGGAAAAGAAGGAAGCUCAAAUGUUCCCAGAAAACACCUCUAAGGAAGUUAAAACUGAAAGAGUUGCUGACCAAAAGGCUGUUGACAAAGCUUUAUUAGCUGAAAUCAAAAAGACCCCAUUAUUGAAACAAUAUUUGGCUGCUUCUUUCUCCUUAAAGAACGGUGACAAACCACAUAUGUUGAAAUUUUAA